UAACAACUCAAUUUUGUUUGUGUGUAUAAUUUCUUUGGGGUUAGAAUUGUUAAAGUUGAUGAGGAAUGUUUAUUUCAUGAAUUAUGAUAAUGGAACGGAAAAUAAAAUUAAAAACAUUAAAUAACCACAUAACAUGUAAAAUUUGUAGAGGCUAUUUAAUUGACGCUACAACUGUAACAGAAUGUCUACACACAUUUUGUAAAAGCUGUCUAGUAAAACAUUUGGAAGAGAAUAAUACCUGCCCAACAUGCAAUAUUGUAAUCCACCAAUCUCAUCCUUUGCAGUAUAUUAGUUUUGAUAGGACUAUGCAAGAUAUUGUAUACAAAUUAGUGCCAGAUUUACAGAAAAAUGAAAUAACUCGUGAAAGAGAAUUCUAUAGGCAAAGAGGAUUACCAUGUCCGAAAGAUAUACCACAGAACUCAGGAGAAGCUGAUGAAGACAAAACAGCUGAAAGUCAUGGUGAAUCUGAUUACCAUAGGCAAGAUGAACAAGUCAACGUUUGCCUUGAAUGCAAUAGUUCCAAUCUGAAGACCUUAAAAAGGCGUUUUAUUAGAUGUUCAGCACAAGCUACAAUUCUACACCUGAAGAAAUUUGUUGCAAAGAAAGUAUUAAAUGGAAUGGAAAAGUACAGAGAUAUCGAUAUCUUAUGUAAUGACGAGCUGUUAGGCAAAGACCAUACUUUGAAAUUUGUUUAUGUGACAAGGUGGCGCUUUCAAAAUCCUCCUUUGACGUUACAGUACCGCCCUAGAAUUGACAUCUGAAGACAAUUUGGAAACGGCUUACCUUUUACCUUUAAUUAUGAAAUUAUAUAUGUACCUCUCAAGCUGUUUCCUCAACAUCCGUUUUCGAUAUGAGUUCUAGGAAUUGAAGCUGGGAAUAUUAUGUUUGAAAUGAAUUUUUUAGUAACUAUUGGUACAGCAUAUUUAUAAGCUGCAAAUUAUUUAUUCAAUUUUAUGCUAGAGAAAGACCAUAUGUUAUGUAUUAUAUAAUUUUCGGAAUAUUUAAUUUUUUAUUAAUUGGAUAUAUUUUAAAAUUGCAAAUGAAAGUUUUAGAUUUUAUGCAUUGUGCAUACAAAUUCUAAUUGGAAAAUUUAUUGAAUUUUGAUCUGAAAGAUCGAUUGAUUAUAAAAAUACAUUGCAGCGUAUAAAGGAACCUGUUUCAUAAUGCAAGAUGCAAUAUUUUUGUGAUAAAAAUUUAGAAAUAUUGAUUUAUGAUAUAUCUAAUUUAUUCUACCUUGUAAUUAGUAAUGUCCCAAUUUCAAGCAUAAUAUUUUAUGAAGUCAUGAAUCAAAUUCGACUGCUACUCAAUGGACACAUAAUGGGAUGUUUGUGGGGAAUGUAAUUGAGAAAGUGAAGGAUUAGAUUAGUGAAUAUUCAUCGUUACAAAAGACAACUUAAAAUACUUGUACCUGCACUAAUGAGACAUAAUCCUAAACUUUUUCAUUUCCAAACGAAGGAAGAUCUUUGAAUUUCAAGAUGUAACAUCUGUGUUGAUGCAUUCUCGAAAUGCUCAUAUUCUAAUGACUUAUGUCGUAUGAAUACUAUCAUUUUCUAUGGAAAACUCUUGAUUUUCUCAGACUAUAGAGUAUGUUUCUUGAAUACAAAAGUUGCAGCAGUGUGCCUGAAACGAGCGAUGGGGCACAGUAAAAGAGCCUACACUCGCUUUUAUCUUGAUUUUAAAUUCCACUAUAAAUCAAUAAAUAAACAAGACGAAUCGAGGUUUCGAAUGUUAUUCAUGGAAAUAUGAAAAGUACUAGGAUGGAUUAAUUUCUGUUUGUGAUUCAACAAUUUUCAUCCUCUUUGCCAUUAUCGUUAUUUAAAAUCAAUAGGGUUGUAUUAAAUUUGGAUUAUGGUAUUCCACAGUUCAGAAAAUUCUGAUUGUUUCUUAAUAUUGUAGAGCAUAAGACCAUUUCCUGUCUGGAUGUAGUAGAUGCCCCCUGCACAUUAAACCGUCUGAGCACUUUUAUAUAUAGACACUCUCAUCAACUGAAGUCAUAUUUUCGUUUGUCCAAUCUUGAAAGUUGUGUAUGCAGUCAAGAUGCUUGUACAAUUUAUAUUUCAUAGAAUAAUGUUUGAUUCAUGACUACUGGACAUUUCUAAACGAUUUAUAUUCAUUUCAACCUUGCUAUGAACAAAUAGUACAAAUUCUAUAACCAUAUAUUUUUAUUGACAUACAAGAUACAAGUACAUAUUCUUAAUACUUCUUUAUAUUAGAGCUUAAUUCUUCAACACCAACUUAUUAGAUGUGAAAACUUUGCGAGCAGUAUAGUUUACUAGAGGCCUUCUUAUGAAAUCAUUGACGUGUUCAAAACUGCUAGAUUUCAAUGCUAUGGAACAUAUUUAAAGUUAUUUUUUAGUUCUGCAAAACAUGAGAUAAUGUUUUUGCAAGAACAGAGCCUAUAAAGAACAACAAUUUGUCUAACAUGCACAGCUCUGUCUGACUCUUAUUAGGUGGGUCGGGAUAGAAAGUAUUGAAAAGAAAAACUAAAUUAUAAUUCAAUAAAUGUCAGACAUUGCAAUAAAGAAGAACAAUCAUUUUUUCAUUUCAUACUAGAUGUAUGAUUUAUAAAUUAUGUUGUUAAAACUGUUUAUAUUGAAUAUUAUGGUUGUUUCAUGUUAACCAAUCAAACAAGAAAAAUGCUUGUUAUCAAAACAUUCCAAACACCAAAUAAAGCAAUACAGGCAAAGUCCGCCACAAAGCUUCCUUUAUCUAAUCGAUAUAUCCAGAAUAUUUGAAGUAUUCAAAAUUAUUAGUUGAUAUGACUUCUUUAAUACAUCGUUUUUUUUUUAAUUUUCUUGUUCUGGAAAUAUCGAAUGGUAUGCUAAAAGAAUGGAAAACGAAAAAACAUUAUAUACCUCAGUAUGAAGUUUUUAUACCAUAAUUAUGUAUUAUACAAGAACGGAAUAUAAACUUUAUUGUGUAACUCAUGAACAUAAAAAUUUAGGUGUAGGUCAUUCUAAGUGAUUAUGAAAAGCAAAUAAACAUUAAAGAAACAAUCUAUACAGUCAAAAUGUAUUAUAUAUAUAAUACCUAUAUAAUAUAUGUAUAUAAUUAGCAAAUUUCCUCAUUUGUUUUUAAUUAAUUAUAUACACAUAUCAAGAAAAUUAGAAUUUAACAAAUUCGUUUUCGACCGAAAAUGACUUAAGGUAACCAUGAAUGGAGUCCUUCAAUGGUUAGAAGACCCUGUAUAUUAUAUACCAAGUGAUUCUAUCACUGAGGACCUUCCAUUUGAACUUAGUAUGCUCCUUGUUUUGGGAAUUAUAUCAGCUAUAUACUGAUAUUUGAUAUGUAUUUUGUUCUCUUAAUUCUUGUGUAAGCUCUUCCACAUUGCAAGAUUUGCUUCUAUAUUUUCAAAAAUUUUUCUAGAAAAGUAAUAAUAAUCUAUAGUCUCUUAUAUGAAAGGACAUUGUACAAAUUUAAUUAUUUUCUUCUCACACAGACAUCGAAGCUAAUUAUAUUAAUUGUAACUUGAGUCAUGAACAAGAUAUUAGAUGUCUGUAUGAUAAGAACUGGACUUACUCAAGUAUUGAAUAUACAAUCAUAAUAGGUCUAGGUUCAACUGGACUUGUUGCUUUUUAACUAUGAGUUUGAAUAUUCUUCGCUUUUAUUGAAGAAGAAACAGAGAUACAAAAUUAUGAUAUUUUUACCAAUAAAUAUAAAUUUAUUGUCCCUUAUUUAACAGAAGAAAUAUAAAUUACUUUUAUUAUCGCAAAUUAUUAUUAUUUGAUCUCUGAACUUUUGUAAAGUCAUGCAAAGUAAUUGUAUUAUGAUGCUUCCAAUAUAUUUUUUUAAUAAUAAUUUUUAUUAUUUGAAAUAUUUUAGUCAUAAUUUUAUUUAAUUUUGUUAUUUGCAGUAAUGCUAAUAUAUCAAAUUGACAUUUGUUGUAAAAUUUGAAUUUUGUAAAUUGUAAAUAGAAAGAUUGAUACCUCAUUGAUGACGGGAACUAAGAAAUUGGAUGAAAAUAUUGUUCAUUAUUUCGAUAUUUGUAAUAUUUUGAUAAAGAUGUAUAUUUGAAUGUCAGCUCAAUUUGUUUGGUGUUUUUUUACCGUUCUAUAUAUUUUGUUCAAAUAUAUUUUACAAGUCUUUAUAAAGGUCAGCUUUUUAUAAGA